GUGUGAGAGUUUGUUGUAACCGUUGGAUCACUUAUUUGUUUUUCUUUUUCGAUCUGUACUUUGGUGUUUGGGAGAAGAGUGAAGACUCAUGAAUGCUAUAGAUCCGAGUGUCUCAUACAACAUUCGUCGCAUUAUAAUUCGCAUUUAAGCUCUGUUUUUUUUUUUAUUGUUAUUUUUUGUUUUUUUAAUUUUCUGAACUUGACUUUGGGAUCUUUAAGCGCACCCUACUCUUUCUAGUUUCUGUACUCUUUCACCAAGCUCUUAUAUUUUCAACCCAAUUUUGACUUGGGAGGAGUUUCGGGUUGAGCUUAAUUAAAGGCCAAGGGUUGCUCAUUGGGUAUAGAGGGAUUUUGAGUUUUGUUUUGAUGGAGAGCUUGAGGUUGAGGUGAUUUGGUCUUGCACUGAACUAGGUAGCGGAAAUGCCGGCCUCCCCAGUGAUGAGAUACUCUCCUGGGAGGGAGCCAAGAACAGAUGGUCACAAGCGGGGCCGUAGCCUCGAAGGAGGAUUGCUCUUAAGGGAGAAAGAUGACGAUCUUGCUUUGUUUAGUGAAAUGCAGACCAGAGAAAGGGAGAAUUUUUUGCUUCAAUCGUCCGACGACUUGGAAGACUCAUUCCCUACCAAGUUGAGACAUUUUUCUGAUGUCAACCUUGGAAUCUCCAUUCCGGGUCGAGGUCAAACUAGUGACUUGCUUAAUGCUGAUGGUGACAAGAAUGACUAUGAUUGGUUAUUGACACCCCCAGACACACCACUGUUUCCUUCAUUAGAUGAUGAACAACCACCAUUGAAUAUUCCCAGCAGAGGAAGGCCUCAGAGUAAACCUAUUUCCAUAUCAAGAUCUUCUACGAUGGAGAAAAGUUACAGAAGCAGUAGGGGCAGUGCAAGCCCUAAUCGUGCAAGUCCUAAUCGUGCAAGUCCAAAUCGUUUAAGUCCCUCCCCUCGUUCUGGAGCUAACACACUGCAAUCAAGGGGAAGGCCAUCGUCAUUGCCAAAUUCCAGUCCAACCCCAAUUUCACAGUAUGGUACUCCGUCUAGAAGACCAUCUCCACCACCAAAUAAACCCAUGACACCUCCUUCUAGGUCUUCCAUUACUACUCCCCGGAGGAUGAGUACCGGCUCUAGUGGUCAUGUAGUUUCAUCGGGGAAGAGGGGGAAUUCUCCAGUGAAGACAAAUCGUGGAAAUUCUGCAUCACCAAAAAUAAGGGCAUGGCAAACUAAUAUUCCUGGAUUCUCUUCUGAAGCACCUCCCAAUCUUCGUACAUCAUUGGCUGAUCGACCUUCAUCAUAUGUGAGGGGUUCAUCUCCGGCAUCCAGAAACGGUAGGGGUUCAUCUCCGGCAUCCAGAAAUGGUAGGGGUUCAUCUCCGGCAUCCAGAAAUGGUAGGGGUUCAUCUCCAGCAUUCAGUAGGCAAUCGAUGUCACCAACUGCUUCUAGGAGCAGUAGCUCGUUUUAUAGUCAUGAUCGAGAUCAGUUUAGCUCACUGAGCAAAGGUUCUGUUGCAUCAUCUGGAGAUGAUGAUCUAGACUCUUUGCAGUCCAUCCCAGUGGGUAGCUUAGACACACUGGAUUCCCGAAAGGCUGGUUCAUUUUCAACAAACAGAACUCCUACCUUCUCCAAGAAAUCAGCCAGGAUUGUUUCCCCUAAUUCUGCUCCUAAAAGAUCAUCAUUUGACUCUGCUUUCCGGCAAAUGGAUAGAAAAAGUCCUCAAAACAUGUUCCGGCCACUUUUAUCAAGUGUUCCAAGUACAACCUUUUAUGUUGGAAAAGGAAAUUCAGCCCAACGCUCCCUUGUAUCUAGGAAUUCCUCUGUCACUACUAGCAGCAACGCAAGCUCUGAUCAAGGUACAGGUUUUGCACUAGAUAUUGAAGGGAGUGACCACAAUCAAGAUGAUAUGGCUAGCGAAACUGACAAGAUACUAUACCCUGAUAUUCACGAAGAAGUGUUUGCCUUUGAUAAAAUUGAUAAAUUAAAUGCCAAUGUUGAGCAUCAGACCAAUACAGAAGCAAUUGAUGUCGUGCACAACGAAACUAGAGGACUUAAGGUUCUUGGUUCAACUGUAUCUCCAGAGCCUGUUUAUCAUGGUGGUAUUGACAUUGUAGUCAAUGAAGGCUCAGAAUCUUCCCUUCUCAUGGGUGACAAUUCUGAAACUGGUAGUUUCGAAAAUACAGCAAUCUGUUCUCAUUGUGGUUGCUCUUAUGAGGCAGCUGAUGAAGUUGAGAAGAAUAUUGGGAUUUGUCCAGAAUGCAGAAAGAAGACCACAGUUUUGAAAGCCAUCAUACUUGAGACAGCUUUGACUGUACCCGAAGAUUCUUCAGGAAUUUCUAGAAACAGGCCUGAAGAAGAAGCUUCAGCUACAACAAGCUCAUCAAAUGUUACUUCUAAACUGCCACAAGAAACUGAUGUAGUUAAUUUGAGGUUUCCCCAUGGUGAACAGGAAGCUGAGGAAAGUCAAACAUCAUGCAGUGAACUAAUCCAGGAUCACUCACAAAGCAGAUCUCUUGUUGGUUCACUGACAGAGGUAGAUGGGCAGGUGUCUACAACGCCACUAGAAAUGAACCAGUCAGAAGUUGAUUGCAAGCCUCAUGAGGAAUUUGGUGAUCAGCAAUUGAACAACAGCGAGCGGCCAAAUUUGAAAGUGGACUUCACAGAAGGUGCUGGUAUUUCUGUAUUGCUGAAAAGGUCGAACAGCCACAAAGGAACUGUAAUUCAGGGCAGGUCCUUUUCUGCCUCAAGAAUUUCUUAUGAUGAUCUGUCUUUUUCAAGGGACAGUGUAACCAGUAUUAGAAGCUCAACAAGGCAAGGUAGUUGUUCUGCCUCAUCAUCGGUUGAUUUUAGCUCAACUAGACAGACAGAGUUUCGUGGUCAAAGGCAGUUGAGUAGCAGGAAACUAGACGUAGAUUGUGGAUAUGACUUGAGGAUCAAGGCUCCUAGUGCUGGUUCAUCUUUCUCUGGAACCUCAAACCAUUCUCACCAUGGAUUAGAUCUCGCAACUCAUGAUAAUUAUCGCAAAACAGAAUGUCGCUCUGUGGAGGACACAUCCCAAGUUCUGCAAGAAAGAUUAGCUUCAGAAAAUGCAGUGACGGAUGUAAUUGAUGCAUCUUCUAUAAGAUCAAUUGUUGAGGAAAAUAAAUUUGAAAUUGAUGAUGGUGGCAGAGUAAAUAGUGCUUCAGAAUCUUUGAGCCAGACUGCUGGUGUUCAGUCUGAAGACAAUUCAGUCGCUUCAUUUCCAAAUAUUCGGGAUUGUAUUUCACAUGAAAAUGUUGAAGACCAUCAAGAUACUGAAAGGAGUGUACCAAAUACAGAAACAUUAGUCAAGGUUUCAGAGUCAUCCUUUGAUGAGAAAGAGGAUGUGCAGGAUGCUUUUCUUGCUACUAACAGUUCUACAAUUACAGAAACAGAAAUAGAAGGGAAUUCUGAGAACAAUACUGGUACAGUGAAUGAAGAUCUUUCCCAAUUAUCAAAGAGUUUCCCGGAUGAGUUUCAGGAACCUCGUGCCCAAAAUCCUUCCGAUGAUUGUGUUACAGCUUCUGUUUCAGAGAUGAAUGCCUCUGACUAUUCCCAUGGCAUAGAGGGAUCAACAGUAACAGUGGAGUGUCAAGGUCCAGGGAACACAAGAAGCCUGACACUCGAAGAGGCGACUGAUACCAUACUUUUUUGCAGCUCUAUUGUCCAUGAUCUUGCAUAUCAGGCUGCAACAAUGGCAAUGGAAAAGGAAUUCUCUGACCCAUUUGAAGGUUCUGAGCCAACAGUGACAGUAUUGGGGAAACCCAAUUCUGAUAGGAAGGAAACUCGCAGCCGGACCAUUGGCAAGCGCUCUAUGAAAUCCCACAAAGCAGCAGCCAGGCAAAGGAAGCUGGAAAGUGAUGUCAAACCCCCUCCGGGAAAAAUAACCGAAAACGACGAAAACAUCAACACGAAGCCGCCCCCCAAGCUCGAGUCAAAGUGCAACUGCAUCAUAAUGUGAGAAUUUCUGCACCUUCACUUUGGCCUUUUUACACAGGAGAACUCAGCCAAGUGCUUGCACCUUAAUGGUUUAGUUUUGAAGGCUGUUUGGGAUAAAUAACCAUUGCCCAAUUGGUUUAUAUGCUGGUUCCAAUAUAUAUUUUGUAACAAAUGCCACGCUGUGUUUGACAUAAUUGUAAAGUAAUUUUUUAUUUUUCCCUUUUCUUUUUUCUUCUUUAUCUUGGAGGAUUGUUCCUGUGACCCCCUCUAGUUGCUGAAUUACUGAUUGUUAUUUCCAUCUCAAUUGAGUGAUCCAUCAAUGGAAGUGUGAAGUAGAAAAGCAUUUAUAUUCGUUAAAA